AUGGAAGAUCAAAACGGUUCAAGGAUAAAGAAAUGGAUGUCUUACAUCCAAAAUUCCAACUUAGGCACUGCUCUCCAAUAUAAGGUCACUUUAACAAGCCUGAAGUCCAACAUUCGUCCAUGGAUGACUGAUAUGUUUAACCCGGCCAUGUUUUCUAAGCCAUCGGUAAAGCAAAUCCCAAUCAGACUUGGUGAAAACUUGGUCUAUUUCGUAUCAAAUUACGUCAUCUUAACUAUGCUACUACUCGUUCUCGGAAUGUAAUAAUUAUUCAGACUGUCACAGCCUUCCUUCCUUAUUUCUUUGGUCGCAAUUGGGGCUGUAUGGGUUUAUCUGUCGAAGAAGGACUUAAAAGUGCAUGGCUUAGAAGUCACAGAUUUUCAGAAGAAUAUGGGAAUUCUAGCACUGCUGGCACUAACUACUUUUAUGCUUGCAGGAAAUAUGAUCAUUUACACGCUCUUCUUAUCGAUGCUGCUGGCUGGGGUUCAUUCGGUAUAUCAUGAUCAGCCUCAAAUUCAUUUGAAAUUAGAAACUGAUCUACCACCUAAUACCUUAUUACCUCUUUAA